AUCACCAAACCAUAGCCCGCUUACCACCUUAUCAAAUUCUCAAUAAACUAAGUUAAUCACUUUGAUUUAAUUAUUAUUCUCUCCCAAAAAAUUAAUUACUUCCUAUAUAGAACUAUAUCAUAAAAAAAAGAUGUUGGGUGGUUUAUACGGCGAUCUUCCGCCACCGUCGUCAACUACGGAGGAUGAAAAACCCGCUAACCCGUCGGCUAGCGCUGUAUGGUCAAGCAGCGCAAAGAUGGCUCCUCCGACGCUUCGAAAGCCAGCGUUCACUACACCGCCUUCUAUCAUGCGAUCUCAGGCGAUUAUCAGCAAGCCCAAACCAGUUAAAACCCUAGCUUCCGUACCUGCGGAAGACCCUCCAUCAGAGGCCCUGCAACCGGCAUUGGUGGGGGUGACUUCAUCUGUAGUUGAGGAGUACGAUCCAUUGAGGCCCAACGAUUACGAGGAGUAUAGAAGAGAGAAGAAGAGGCGAGCGAGGGAGGCGGAGUUGAAGCGGGAGCUCGAGAGGCGGCAGCAGGAGGAGGAGGAGAGAGAGAAGGAGAGGAGUGAGAGGGAUAGUAAAGUGGGUAUUUCUGGGGAGGAGGCGUGGAGGCGGCGGGCUGCAAUGAGUAGUAGUGGUGGUGGUGGGAGUCAUGGUGGGCAGCCGCCUCGUUCCCCGUCUCCUCCAGGUGGGAGUGUGGAUGGGUUUGCUAUUGGGAAAUCGGAUACGGUUGGAUUGGGUGUAGGGGCGGGAGGGCAAAUGACCGCGGCACAGAGAAUGAUGGCGAAAAUGGGGUGGAAGCAAGGGCAGGGUUUGGGGAAGUUGGAGCAAGGAAUUACUACUCCUUUGAUGGCCAAGAAGACUGAUAGGAGAGCUGGGGUUAUUGUCAACGCUAGUGAAACUAAGCAGCAACAACAGCAACAACAGCAGCAGCAGCAAGAGAAGAAGGUCAAGAGUGUCAACUUUAAUGGGCCUCCUACCCGAGUUUUACUUCUGAGAAACAUGGUUGGUCCUGGUGAGGUAGAUGAUGAAUUGGAAGAAGAAGUAGGAUCGGAGUGUGCAAAGUACGGAACAGUUACUCGGGUGCUUAUAUUUGAAAUCACGGAGUCCAACUUCCCGUCUGAUGAAGCUGUGAGAAUUUUUGUGCAGUUUGAGAGAUCAGAGGAAACAACCAAGGCUUUAGUUGACCUUGAUGGCAGGUUCUUUGGAGGGCGAGUGGUACGUGCCACAUUUUAUGAUGAAGAGAAAUUCGGCAAAAAUGAAUUAGCUCCGUUACCAGGAGAGGUUCCUGGAUUUUAAGGAUUUCGCGAGUGUAGGCUGGUCCAGAAGAUGCACACUAAUUUAUCAACAUUUUGUAAUUUGUCAAAAUAGGCUGUUUCUUGUAAAAAUAAAAUAUUUGCUUGUACUUUUAUUAGCUCUUAUUUGUAAUCGUAGCUGUUAAAUUAAUUUAUGGGUUUUUCUAUA